AUGGCAACAGGCCGCCUCGCCGACUCCCUCGCCGCCCCCCGCCAUAAGCUCCGCCGCAUCCUCAACUUUCCCUUCUCCCUCUGCCGUCGCCUGUUCCGCUCCGACGAGCCCCUAAGCAGGCUGCCCUUCGUCCUCAAGAAGCUCAUCGCCGCCUCCACGGCCUACGCUGAGAUCGCCCACCUCGUCAAGCUGGACGCGGCCGCCUCUCCGCGGCUUGGUAACGGACCGGCUGGCAACGUUAGCUCUGCCGUCCCGGUCGACGACACUCUCUUUGGCCGGGGCCGCGAGCUCGCCGAACUGAUGGAAAGGUUUGUCGGGUAUAGUGACCCUGGCCCUGCUCAACUCGCGAACCAGGGUGUCCCGCUUGUUGCCAUUGUUGGCGAUGGUGGCAUUGGCAAGACGACGCUGGUGCAGAUGGCCUUCAAUCAUGUGAACGUCCAGGUUCAUUUCGAUCUCCGGAUGUGGGUGGGCGUAUCGAGCUGUAUGAAUCUGUUGAAGCUUACUAGGGAGAUAUUGCAGCUGGCUACAGAGGGGAAGGACUAUCGUGGGGUAGUCAAUUUUAAUUAUCUACAGGACCUGUUGCGUUCUGCCGUUGCAGGGAAGAGGUUCUUGCUCAUCCUUGAUGAUGUUUGGGAUGAUAAUGGGAAGACGAAUUCGCAUAACGUGUACCAGUGGAAGGAGCUACUAUCACCUCUGAAGAAUGGUCAGCAAGAUAGCAGAAUAGUUGUGACUACACGCAUGAAGAUGGUGGCUGACAUGCUAGGUGUAAGGAUCCCAAUGAUGCUGAGUGGAUUGGGUACCGAAGAGCAUUGGUUGUUGCUCAAGAAGCACGCAUUGAGUUGUGAGAAGAGUUGUGAAUAUCCACAGUUGCAGAAGAUUGGGAGAAAGAUUGCUUUGAAGCUAAGAGGAUCCCCUCUCGCAGCUAAAGUUAUUGGUGGGAUGCUUAAUGUUGAUCGAAGGAAUUGGAAGUUUGAGCCUAAGAAACUUGUUAGGAUGUGGAUAUCACAGGGUUUCAUUCAGAUGGAAAAUGGCAGAAGCAUGGAGGAUUGUGGUGAUUGUGGGAGGGUGGAAGGUGAUAUGUCCAGAAACAUACUGCCAACUGUUAGACACUUGUCAGUUUCAAAUAGUUUUCUUGCUGAGAUAAAGAAUGUGCGCACGUUGGAUUUUACUGGAUGUGAUAUAUCCAGGUUACCUGAAGCAAUCGAAGCAAAUAGUGUUUCUGUCGUCCGUCAUAAUAUUUACCCCUAA